AUGUUCUCGCUAACAACAUCCAGCAACGAGGAUGGAACAGAAGAAAAGCCAGUACUCUUGCCGGCGGGCCUGUGCUCAUCCGUUGCAUUCAAAACUAUUUGUGAUUUUAUAUAUCCAGAAUCCGUGGGAAUAUUCCCUACUGUGACUAUCGACAAUCUAGUUGGGUGGGAGUCCGUUCUUGCAGCAACUUCAAUCCUCCAGAUGAACAGUACGACGCAAUGCAUUAUGUUAAAUUUAACCAGCGCCUCUUCCCAAAUUCAUCAAUCCGACGCUGCAAGAUUCAUGCGUCUCGUAGUAGAUUACGAUACUCGCCCCCCCCUGGCCACACACCUAGUAGCGCCACUCUGCACUUUCGCUUUCCGGCGUCGUCCUCUGUCCCCAUAUGAAUUCUCAAGUAUGGGGGAAAAGGUGUCGGCUUUAGUGCACUACACUCGAGAAUCCGUACGUGACUGCUUCCUGCUUGAUCAAGCCAAGUGGACUGGCAACAUUCAAACCGGCCUGAUGUGUAAUCAGAAGGAGCGUUGUCGGAAAGCCAUUUUCCAGCAGAUCCUUGAAAAUAUGGUAAACAAGCCAGGGGAUAAGCCAUUUGAGGACGACGACGAGUCCAGUAUAUUCUUGAUCGCCUCCGAGGAAGGAAUCUGUACCUCUUGCUAUCCGCAGCGUUCCAAGCUCGCGCACGCACUCAUGUUGAGCAUGAUCGAAGGAGUGGUUAAGAAGGCGUGUUCGGAAGGAGCGUCCGUAUGGAACCAAGAGAACUUGGAGUCUGGUAAUAAAUCAGAACCAGAUAAGGAGCAGAUUCGGCCGGUGGGUGCUGUUUAA